AUGUCACCAGAAGAUCAAUUCCAAAUAUUUGAAUUUGUUCGAUCACUGUUAGAUAAAAAUUUAUCAGGUCAAGAUAUGACACAAAUGAUAAAACAAUGGCUUGAUAAAACAUUCGACCCUUCAUGGCAUGUUGUUAUAAUCGAUGGUUCAUAUUGGAUAUCGUAUUCACAUUUACCUGAACAAUCUCUACAAUUUCGACUGAAAGAAAAGUGUUAUUUAGUUUGGCGCACACCUAAAUAUUGA